AUGGCUUCUGCGGUCAGCAGCGCCGGCCCUGCCCCCGGCUCCGGCUCCGGCGCGGACGCCCCCGGGGGCGCCUGCCGGGGCGCGGACUGCGACCCCGAGCUGCACGUGAAGAUGUGCAAGAAGAUCGCCCAGCUCACCAAGGUGAUCUACGCGCUGAACACGCGGCAGGACGAGGCGGAGGCCGGCCUGGAGGCGCUGCGGGAGGCCCACCAGGCGGAGCUCCGCCAGGCGGCGGCGGAGGCCGAGGCGCGGCUGCUGCGGGAGCGGGGCGGCGCGGAGGAGGCGGCGCUGCGGCAGCGCGUGCGGGCGCUGGAGGGCGCCCUGGAGCAGGAGGAGGCGCUGCGGCAGCGCGUGCGGGCGCUGGAGGGCGCCCUGGAGCUGCAGCGGCGGCUCACGCAGGAGGCGCUGGCGCAGUCGGCCUCGUGCCGCCUGGAGACCAAGGAGCGGGAGCUGCGCGCCGAGGCUGAGCACGCCGAGCGGGUGCUGUCCCUGUCCAAGGAGAUGCUGGAGCUCAAGGCCGACUACGAGCAGCGGCUGCGGCGCCUGGUGAGCCAGGAGGCGCCGCCGCCGCCCCCGUGGGGCCCCGACCCCAAGGCGGAGCCCGGCUCCGGGCCUCCCGAGAUGCGGGAGGUGCUGCUGGAGGUGGAGCGGCUGCGGGGCGAGAACCAGCAGCUGAGCAAGGACUACGCCCGCAAGGCCGAGGAGCUGCGGGCCACCUACGAGCGGGAGAACGAGGCCGUGCGGCGGGCCAUGCAGCAGUCGGUGAGCGAGGCCCUGUGGCAGUGGCAGGAGAAGGAGACCGACCUGCGCAAGAACUUCCAGGCGCAGGAGGCCGCCCUGCAGGCCCAGGUCCGCAAGCUGGAGGGGGACCUGGAGCACCGGGGCCGCAAGAUCAGCGACCUCAAGAAGUACGCCCAGAAGCUGAAGGAAAGGAUUCAGGACCUGGAUGUGCAGCUCAAGGAGGCGCGACAGGAGAACUCGGAGUUGAAAAGCACCGCAAAGAAACUUGGGGAGAAGCUGGCCGUGGCCAAGGACAGACUGAUACUGCAGGAGUGCCACGUGGCACAGAAAACAGAUGACAUGAAGACAGAGCGAAUUCCGGAGAAGGAAGUCUUAGGGAAAGCCAGCGACGUGGACGCCCGCAGUCCCCAUCCUCAGCAGGAUCAGAACCUUCCCAAGGAGUGUCUGUGUACGAAAGGAGGCACCAAUACUCAGACGGAGCGAGAGGCGGCUGUGGAGACGGGACACCUGAAGCAGCAGUACGAGCAGGACCUCCGGAAACUCACACGGCAGACGGAGGAGGAGAAGCAGCACCUGAAGGAGCAGCUGGUGCGGCGCUUGGAGGAGCUGGUGAGGACGCACAAGGCGGAGAUCAAGUCCGUGCGCUCCUCCGCGGCGGCCGACAGGAAGCGGCUGCAGAGGGAAGUAGAAGAACAGUUGGAAGAGGUGAAGAAGAAGUCAGAAAACGAAAUAAAGCAGCUAGAGGAAGAGAAAGCGGCCCUAACUGUGAAGCUCCAGAAUUCUCUGCUCCAGGUCUCAAGGCUGGAAGAAUUCAUCCAGCAGAGUAAGGGAUGUCCCCAAAGAGGCGCGGACGGGGCCCCGGAGCCGGACUGCCCGCCCCGCGGCCACUCGGAGGCCCAGGCCCCCGAGGAGCUCUUGGAAAAGGAGUCCGGCCACGGCCUCCAGACCCAGCGGCAGGCCCUCCGGCCGGAGCGCCAGGCCUCGGAGGAGAAGGUCCCACAAGAGGUCCAGGGGGAGCAGGCGAGGAUGCAGGCUCCGCAGGCUCUGCUGCUAGAGUCCCUGCGGCAGGAGCUGUGGGAGCAGAAGGCCACCUGCUCCGAGCACCAGCAGGACCUGGAGGCUCUGCAGGCCGAGCUGAGGGCCCUGGGCAGCUCUGACCGGCGGCAGCCCGGCCCCCCGGGUGCAGGGGACAGCGAGGGCCUCGCCAGCACCACAGAGGGCGAGGACGGCGCAGGCCCCCCGAAGGGCACCGCCCAGCAGCCUCCCAGCGAGGCCGGCCUGCUCUGGGAGAACGCCCAGCUCAAGGACACCGUGCGGCAGCUGCAGGCCCAGGUGGAGCAGCACCAGCAGGAGGCACUGCAGCUCCGCGACCAGCACAGGCAGCUGGAGGAGGACCAGCAGGCCCAGCAGGCCCGGGCGGUGGAGAUGCUGCGCCAGGAGCAUCGGAAGGAGAUGCAGGCCAUGGUGGCCGAUUUCAGCAGUGCUCAAGCCCGGCUCCAGGCCCAGCUGGCUGCCCUGGAAACCGAACUGAAGGGUUCUGGAGAGAAGCCGGGGAAGGGGGCGUCCAGGCCGGAGGACGUGCAGCUCAUAGGCCGCCUGCAGAACCGCUUGAAGGAGAGAGAGGAGAUCAUCAAGCAGCUCACGGAGGAGAGGAGAUUUCACUACGCAGCGUUCCCCAGCGCCAUGUCCCAUCGGAAUCGGUCCUUCUCUUUCAACCCUCACCCAGGCUAUUUGACCCCUUCCAUGAAGAAAAAGAAGAUGGAGGACGUGCCCAGCCGAGUGGUCAGCGUGCCCAACCUCGCCUCCUACGCGAAGAACUUUCUGAGCGGGGACCUGAGCUCCAGGAUCAGCGCCCCGCCAAUCACCAAGUCCCCCAGCUUGGACCCAAGCCCCGGGGGCGGCCAGCCUUACAAGCCCACCCAGCCUCUAGAUGUGAAGGCGGCCACCAGGACACAAGAUGGUGAAACAGCGCAACCCAAAGAAGCCCAGCAGAAACAGAGCUCUGCCCACCAGGAAUGGUUCACCAAGUACUUUUCUUUCUAA